AUGACUCCUUGGUGGGGUACUCUCCUCCUUCGGCGUGUACAGACUCACCCACCUGGACGGGGACGGCGGCGAGGAGGCGCGCAGGCGUACUAUUGGUGUAAAUUCUGCAGCUGGAGUUGUGAAGGGGCGGGGGGCUCGGCCAAGCUUUUGGAGCAUUAUGAACAGCGACAUAAAAACUAUACCCCUGGUGGAAUGAGAGAAAGAGACGAGAGGGGAGGGAGGAGAGAAGGGGAAAGAGAACACAGUGCAUCCAAAAACCACAAAGAGCCAUCGUCCAACCCAUCCAACAACAGCCAAGGAGACCCAAACAGCAGUGACUCCGAUGCGGUGGUCACCAGUUAUAAUUGUCAGUUGUGUGAUUUCCGCUAUUCGAUGGCCCACAGUGCAGAUGUGAUCGUAGUGGCUCCGUUACUGCUGCACUAUCAGCACAACCACUCCAUCCACCGGUGCUGCAUCCAACACUGCAUGUACUGUCCACAGGGGCUGUGUCAGCCGCACAAACACCUGGGGGAGCCUCCUUUGUGCCAGCUGCCAAACGGUGCUGUUGCAGCUGUUUAA